AUGUACAAGUUUCAUGCCUUGGGAGACUACGUGUCUAUGAUUCGCCAGUAUGGCACAUGUGAUUCAUAUAGCACUGAACCAGGUGAACUCGAACAUCGUGCUCCAAAGGCCUGGUAUUGCCACACCAAUCACAAGUCAUUUGUCAAACAGUUGACUCAAAUUGAAUGCCACCAGGCUCGCAUUUGCCGUAUUGGGGACAAAAGUGUUCAUCGCCCCCAUAUCAAGAUUUCUGAGUUGGCGACAAGCCCUCAUGCCCACCACCAUAUUGGUUUGACCCAAAAGUACCCUGUACACAUAGGAUCAUUCUUGUGCAGCCACCAAGGAGAUCCAGCCAUCACACAUAACAUCACGAGGUUCAACUUCACAACCUACGAUGUUUGCAGAGGCCAAGAUGUGAUCAACCCGAGGACUCCCCAUUGUCACAAAUAUAUGUACGGGAAGGUUAUAGGAGUAUAUCACAUCAAUGUGAUUUUUAUUGGACAUGGUAUGGUUGGUUACACUCCCCAUCAAAUGGAGUUUUUAUGGAUAUGUUGGUAUGCACCCAUCAAUCAGGACUCCACCUGGGAGACCCUGGACCGAGUGGACUUUCCACCCCUAGAGGACGAGCACUCAUUCGACUUCCUUGAUCCCACAGAUGUACUCAGGGGCUGUCACAUUAUACCUCGCUUUGCCAGUGGCAAGAGACAUGUCGAUGGAUUGGGUGCAUCAGCAAGUGCGGGAGACAAGGAUGAUUGGUGUGAAUACCUUGUCAAUCGGCUGAAAUUCAGCAAGAUAAUAUUGCAGCGCAGUCCAUGUCCACUUCUCAUGUCGCAGAAGAUGAUGAAGAUGCCAGAAACUCUGGAGAGGAUGACAAAGUGGUAUGGCAGUAGCCAAGAAUCACUGUUGGAACAGUACAAGGAGAUGUAUAGUUUCAGAGAGCCCACAGCUUUCUUGUCCAAUGCUCACAAUUGCUAUAUGGACCCAGCUGCAAUGCUUGACUCGUUUUUGUUUGACAAUCCCAGCCUCAUGCCCAACUCAGUAAACCUGCUCACUCAGUUCUUGCAGGGCAAUUUCGUUGAUCUGAAUGAUAUUGACUUCAUCAGUUAUUUGUCUGUGGGACAUGGGCCGAUGCUGUACCCUCUAUAUUUGACAGUACACAUUUCACUCUAUGCUUAUGUUCUCACAUCAAUUGUCCAUCGUUCAGUGUUCGAGACAGAACAGAUGGCAGAAGUUCCCAUAUAUGUCAAUUCUGUUAGUUCUAAUGUUUCUAGUACUGUCAUUCAUCUCGCCCUCCAUCCCACUGGUUAUUACCCUUGGUCCAAUGUUGACCUCACAGCCUUUCAGGCUAUAUCAGAUGCACGCAACAGUGGCAGUAUCCUGAUCAUUCCCGCCCUUGUGAUGCCAGGCAAUGUAAAUGCUCCUGACAGUGCAAAUGGUGACAAAUAUGAGCAUUUGAUACCUGGAGACCCAGCGAAAAAAGCUGCUAAAGCCGAAGGAGGCCUCAAGAACGUCAUAGGGAGAUUACCAAAGUGGAGGAAGGCCAUUGCCUACCUCCAGAUCGAGUUAAGAGUAUCAGUUUGCACAGGUGAAAUCGGAAACCCCCACCUGUUUGAUUUUGAAAGUUGGGCUGCAGCUAUUCAGCUAGUUUGGCCUUGUGCUCUCUCCCGGGCUAACAUCAACUCCAGUGAUUUGGAAAUAGUGAAGUUGAUCAAAACUGGCACUUACAUGACUCUUGAAACUCAUCCCAGAAUAGGUAUCUUAUUGAUUGACACAGUCCAAAGACUGCUCCAGCUGUUCAUCAGACCAAAAUCAAAUAUCCUGCCAAUUAGUCUUAACAGGUUUGCCUGGUUCCUCACCCACCAAAUUGCCAAAGAGAUCAUGUGGCACAUUGUUUUCCGUCCAACUACCUCACACUCUGUUCGACUGGUGUUGGCUGAUCUAGAGCCAGCAAUGUUCAGGAGUGAAGAGUAUCCACCCUUUCCAACUAUGUCUCUGCUGGGGUCCAGUUAUCCAACCCUGGCUGAGGUGCAUGAUCAGCUCUGCGAGAUGGCUGUAGUACUUGUCAAUGAGCACGAUGACGAAGAUCACCCAGGACUCAUGUCUAGCUUGGCCAAAUUGUGCAACAUUUCAUAA